CACAAAAAGUUAUAUAUAGCUGAGAGAGAGAGAGAUGGGGAGUUUGGAGCAGCAGCAGGCGGGGGUGGUUGGCGGUGGCAGCCACCGUAUUGUGGCGGUGGAUGCAAGCCCUCUCCCCUCAGAUAGCACCAACAAGCUCCACCUUGAUCUUCAAGAGGAGCACAAUAAAAAACCUGGGUGGAGAAAGUUCAUCUCGUAUGUUGGACCUGGUUUCAUGGUUUCUUUAGCAUAUCUGGAUCCUGGCAACCUGGAAACGGAUUUGCAAGCUGGGGCAGACCACCGAUAUGAGCUGCUAUGGGUCGUUCUCAUCGGAUUAGUGUUUGCUCUUAUCAUCCAAUCACUUGCAGCUAACCUUGGAGUCAGCACUGGGAAGCACUUGUCAGAGCUGUGCAAGGCCGAAUACCCAAAAUAUGUGAAAUACUGCCUUUGGUUGCUAGCUGAAAUUGCGGUCAUAGCUGCAGAUAUUCCCGAAGUGAUUGGGACGGCCUUUGCACUUAAUAUAUUGUUCCACAUCCCACUGUGGGUUGGAGUUUUGUGUACCGGGUUGAGCACCCUCUUACUACUCAGCCUCCAGAGAUAUGGGGUAAGGAAGCUUGAACUGUUGAUAGCAGUGCUAGUGUUUCUAAUGGCUGCUUGCUUCUUUGGGGAAAUGGCUUAUGUGAAGCCUCCUGCAGAAGAUGUAUUCAAAGGAAUGUUCAUCCCUAAACUAAGUGGAAAAGGCGCCACCGCUGAUGCCAUUGCCUUAUUGGGUGCCCUUGUCAUGCCACAUAAUCUCUUUCUGCACUCCGCUCUUGUGCUUACAAGGAAGGUACCUAAUUCAGUACGCGGUGUUAAUGAUGCAUGUCGAUAUUUCUUGAUCGAGAGUGGAUUUGCAUUAUUCGUUGCGUUCCUAAUAAACGUUGCAGUUGUGUCUGUAUCGGGUACGGUUUGUUCAAAUGGAAAGCUAUCUAAGGAUGAUUUGGAUCAUUGCAGCGACCUCUCUUUGAAUUCUGCUUCUUUUCUUCUUAAGAAUGUUCUUGGAAAAUCAAGCUCCACUGUUUACGCCAUUGCUUUGUUGGCCUCAGGCCAAAGCUCCACCAUCACCGGUACAUAUGCAGGACAGUAUAUCAUGCAGGGUUUCUUGGACCUUAAGAUGAAGAAAUGGAGUAGGAACCUGAUGACUCGGUGCAUUGCCAUCACUCCCAGCCUUAUUGUGUCCAUCAUCGGAGGCUCCUCGGGCGCUGGUCGUCUAAUUAUCAUUGCAUCGAUGAUACUAUCGUUUGAACUCCCAUUUGCCCUAAUUCCUCUACUUAAAUUCAGUAGUAGUUCAACAAAGAUGGGACCCUACAAGAACUCCAUAUAUAUCAUCGUAGUGUCAUGGAUAUUGGGGUUAGGAAUCAUCGGCAUCAACAUCUAUUACCUCAGCACAGCCUUCGUGGAUUGGCUAAUUCAUAACAACUUGCCCAAAGCCGGAAACGUGUUGGUGGGAAUUGUAGUGUUCCCCUUGAUGGCUAUCUACGUUGUUUCCGUGAUUUACCUAAUGUUUCGCAAAGACAAAGUCGUCACCUUCAUUCAACCAAACGAUGACUCCAAAUUGGACAAUGCCAACAACAACAACGUUUGUAUGACGCCCAUUGACAAUGGUUUCCCCCACACUCUGCCCUAAUUAUCUCGCCCCCCCCAAUACUUCUGCCUCUUUAUUAAUUAUCUCACCACGCCCAAUACUUCUGCACUGUCUCUUUGUUAAUUAUCUCGUUAUGCCCAAUAUUUCUGCCCGACCUCUUUGUUUCUGGUUUCAACUUCUACUCUCACUCUAUGAACACUUUUGUGGGGCCAGCAUGAUAAAAAUAACUUAUAUUCUUAUUUACUACAUCAGAGGGUAAAAGUGAAGAAGUAGAAUUUGAGAGUAUACAUAGUAAACUUUUGUUUUUCCUGCCUUGUGAUUUCAGUGGAGGGUCUAUAUACACAUACCCACCUAACAACCCAUAUAUAGACUAUAUCUAUAUAUUUUCAAUGUAUUUCAGCUGUUUUAGUGAAUUCCCUACGGGAUAUGGAGUAUGUACGUUCUUACAUGCAUGUUGUA